AUGCCCACCCCUAUCCUCCAUGGUCCUCAAAUUACAGAUAAAUUCCUCAAAUUAAACUCCACGAUCGUGGUAUAUGGCAGAUCGGAGUACCCAAUUCUUAACGUCAAAGCUCAUUGUUUUCCGGUCAUCGUUUCUUUGCUUACAAAAUUAUCCAACCGUGCACCGGACAUAAUUUUAGGAGAAGAUGUCUCCAAAUGGGAGAGGCUGGUUGCAGCUGUAUUAAAGAAAGUUCAGCUCUGGCAACUUUUUCACGAGCAAUCCAGGAGCCCAAGCAUCCGCUCUGAAGCAUCGGAUUCCAGUUCCAGUUCUAGCUUUGAUUUGAGUUAUCAAGAUCUAGCCUUUCAUUUUACAAAGCUGAUCCUGGUUUCUGAUUUUGGGGCAGAUUUUGAUGUCGAUGCUGAGUUACUCGGCAGGGGCACUUUCGGGAGUUCUUAUACUGCAGAGAUGGAAAAUGGACUCUGCGAAUCUUUCGGAACUGGAGUUCAAGGGGCAUACUAUGCUUCAAAAGAUGAAAGGGCGAUGCUCUAUGAUUAUUACAGCGAUGGAAGCGUGUUUGCACUUUUACAUGGACAAACUGGCGAACAUCGGGCUUCUGUAGACUGGGACACGAGGCUAAAAAUUGCUAUUGGUGCAGCGAGGGGUAUCGCUGAAAUACACACAUAUAAUGGUGGGAAUCUUGUCCAUGGAAACAUAAAGGCGUCUAAUAUAUUCCUCAAUCCACUAAACUAUGGGCGUGUGUCUGAUCUUGGUUUGACGAACAUGUUAACAGCAACAUUCGUGCCGAAAGCACUGUGCUACGCUCCAGAAAUCAAGAAAACUCAAAAUGUUUCGCAAGCAUCAAAUGUCUAUAGCUUUGGGAUUCUGCUUCGUGAACUCAUCACUAGAAAGUCCCCUGUAAAUAUUGUAAAUGGUCCCAAGGCUGUUGACCUGGUCAAGUUGGUUAAUUCUGUUAAAAGGAAUGAGAAAUUCGCUAAGGUAUUCGAUGUGGAUAUAUUGAAGAACUCUACCGUAAAGGAAAAUAUGGUGAAGAUGGCGCAAAUAGGAAUGAGUUGCGCAGCAAAAUCCGUAAAGAAAAGACCGAGCAUGUUUGAAGUAGUGAAGAUGUUAGAGGAUCUUCAGAUGAUGAAUACAGAAAAUAGCAAUCUGAACACGAAAAGUAGCGAUAUUCAAAUGACGAAUAAAAAAGAGCUUGCUUCUGCCAAGGUUCUUGGGAAAGGAACACUUGGCACUUCUUACAAGGCAAUAUUGUCGGAAACUGAUGUCUUGGUCAAGAGAUUGAACGAUGUGAGUGUUACACUUAACGAAUUUCACCACCAUUCCCUGAUCAUUGGAAAAAUGAGGCACGGAAAUGUUGAUCGGAUAAGGGCGUACCACUUUUCGAAAGAUGAAAACCUCAUGGUGUAUAAUUAUCAAGAUCGGGGCAGUGUAUCUGCAUUCUUACACGACAAGACAGUUCCUGAUUGGACACCUUUGAACUGGGAGGCUCGUCUAAAAAUUGCAAUGGGUGCAGCAAGGGGUAUUGCCCACAUCCACAGACAAGAUGGUGGGAAAUUUGUGCAUGGAAAUAUAAAAUCGUCAAACAUAUUCCUAAACGGUCAAAAUUACUGGCUUGUAGCAAAUGCUGGAUUGGCAAAACUGGUGGAGCCUAUCAGAAGGUCAGUUGUGCGAAAUUUAGGACAAUUUGCCCCAGAAGUGAAUGACACGAGCAACGUGUCACAAGCUUGCGAUGUGUAUAGUUUUGGGGUUUUCCUGCUUGAACUUGCCACCGGAAAGCCACCUCAGCACACGAAUGAAGAGGGUGAUGUCGUCUCACUGGUUAGGUGGUUUCAGUUGGUUGUUCGUGCCGAAGGGAGUGACGAAGUGUUUGAUGUAGAGAUUCUGAGGUAUAAAGAUGUGGAUGAGGCAAUGGUACAGUUGCUGCUGAUAGCAAUUAAAUGCGUUGCUUUUUCACCGGAAAGAAGGCCCGUGAUGUCUCAAGUAGUGAAGAUGUUGGAAGAAAUCAGUACUGGGAUGAAUAAAGAGGAGAAGCCAACCAUUCAAUCAAGAUUGGAAGAUGUAGUGGAAGAUUUAUUGCCUAGGAUACAUCAUGGCUUUUAG